UGUAAAUAAAAGCGUUAAUUUUGCAAAAACAUUUGAAGAUUGCCGAAACACUGCGAUUUAAUCAUAUAAUUAAGAUUUGCGAUUUUUCAUUCUAAAUUUAUCUUCGACCCUGCUACCACGGAACAUCAACGCCACCUCCAGUCAGGCACCACACCAGCAUAUCCACCACCUUCAACGCCGCCACCAACAAACAGCGCUGCAUACAUUAUUCGGACUGGUGAAUGCGGUCAUUCUGGAAGCCAUAGUUUACAAAGUGUAGUGCACAGUUCAACAACAGUGAUUGGGUUUGCUACUUCAUAGCAGCAGUGGAAAUGGAAACAUUGCUCUGCUAUUGCUACUUCUCUACUUGAAUGGAUAAGAAGCACGGCCAGAAUCGGAAAACACACGAGGACCUUUCUUGUUUUACUUGGUUCUAUGUUUCGUUGAGGCACAGAUCAGGUAGGAGAACUAAAAUAUGAACGAAGUGAUAUUUGUAGUCAGAGUAAUAGCACAUACAACAAUAUUAUGAUAGCCUCAACGAAACAUAGCACUAAUUAAAACAAGAAAGGCCUUCUUGUGUUUCCCGAUUCUGACACUGCUUCUCAUCUAUUCAAGUAGAGAAGUUGCAAUAGCAGAUCCACGUUUCCGUGCCACUGCUGCUAUGAAGUAGUGAACUCAACCACUGGUAGUUGUCAUAAUUCGCAGUAGUAACAGUUUAACAUGAAGCAAUGGAUUUGUCACCACUGUUCCUGGGAGAUACCGAAGCGCUCUCUCCACCACGCACGAGCAACACAGAUGUAGUCCUACAUAGAAAGCGCUUUCAUGUGGCACUGCCUUACGAGGAGCGCUUUGUCUCCCAGCCAACAGUAACCACCAACACGGGUGUAGCCACUACAACAACAACAAGCAACACAGGUCAACAAUUUACCUUGUCUCACCUGCUGGAGAGGCAAAAAGAAAUGUUUGAUGGCGUCAUGGCCGCCAUUGGAAGAGUUGAGUCAAAGGUGGACGGAAUAGCAAAUGCUCUGGCCGAAAAGAUGCCCGAACGCGCGGAAGUUCAAGGUCAAGGGCAGCUACUGCGAGAGUGCAAAGUGGUGACCUCGAAAGUUCACCAAAGUAUUUCCCGAAUCACUGGAGAUGCUAUUAGUAAAGAGCAUACUUUGCUUCAAAGUAUGCUUCCACUAUCAUCCCAGGAAAAGUUAAAUACUUUGGAGAAUCUUUUGGGAAACAAACCACACUCCGAUGCGAUGCUGAACAUAAUUUUAAAAUUGAAGGGUGCUAAGGGUUGUGUGAAACACGUGUUGAGAAGCAUUUUUGCCGACACUCUACUCAUUUCAUACAAUUAUGAGGGCAAAGCCAACAAAGCUCCACUUCUGGGGCUAAAAACAAUAGAAUUAGUUUUCGAUGCGUUUGUGAGUAUGCCCAAAAUUGACCUCAUUGCGGAAAUCAGAAAGCACGUGUUCCUAAGCCACAAUAGGUACAAACAAAUUGUAAUAAAAAAAAAUGAAACAUAAUAACAAAUCUAACAAUAAUUAAUUUAAUUAUCAUAUUAUUAAUCUCUAAAAAAAAGUAACAUAAAAAUUUAAUAACUUUCCAAUCUAAAUUUCAAAAACGUUAUUUAAAUACGGCUAUUCGGGAUAUUUUGUAUAUCGAC